UGGUGGCUGUGGCGGGAAAGGAUUGUCCUGAGGAUGUCUGUGCGUCGCUUAUCCCACCCAAUGGAGCAUACUGCUGUAUUACCAUCUGUGCAAAGCAGCCCCUCCAGUGAGUUGUUGCCUCGUAGCAUCCAUAGCCCUUCCUCUGAGCGCUCACUUCGCAUUGCUGGAAGCUCUGCAUCAGAGAUGUCUCCUGAAGUCCACUCCAGCUGUUCCUCUCCUGAGCUGCCAUCACGUAUCACCCGUUCACACACUUCGUCUAUAAGGUCCAAAACCAUGUUAACAUUUAUUGGAGGUGGAGGAGCACCUACAGUUGGUGCUGAGAGCGCAACCAGCCUAGAUUUGAGCAGCGAGGAAGACAUUGAUAUAUCUGAUGAUGGAAGUGACUUUGAAGAGACUUUCAAAAAGAGACCAAGGAGAAAUUUCAGAUCAUCUAUCAGUGACACUGUAGCCUCCAAACGUCCAAAGAGGGCUAUAGAAAAAGAAACCCCUCAAGAUAAUGCAGAAGACUUGUUUGAAGCGAUCAAACAGGGGAAAAGUGCCGUGCAGAUUCUAAUUGAUGAAUGGCUGGAGAGUUACAAACAAGACCGUGAGUCUGGCUUCCUUGAGUUAAUCAACUUUUUGAUGAAAGCAUGUAGCUGUAAAGGUGUGGUAACACAGGAGAUGCUAGAACAUAUGCAGAAUGCAGACAUCAUACGAAAGAUGACAGAGGAAUUUGAUGAGGACACUUCAGAUUACCCGCUGUCUCUCAGUAACCAGACCUGGAAGAAGUUCCGCUUGAAUUUAGGGGAGUUUUUUGUAACUCUAGUGAGCCGCUGCCAGUACAGUAUAAUUUAUGACGAAUUUCUAAUGGAUGCUCUCAUUUAUCUUCUUACUGGACUCUCUGACUCGCAGGUGCGAGCCUUCCGACAUACCAGCAGUUUUGCAGCCAUGAAGCUGAUGACUGGGCUGGUUACAGUGGCACGGGACUUGACUAUUCACAUGGAGACAUGCAAUAGACAGUAUGAAGUUGAAAGGGCAAAAAUCCCUGAAAAGAGAGCCCCAGAGAGACUGGAGGCUUUGUUACAGAAGCGGAGAGAUCUCCAGGAUAAUUUGGAGGAGAUCGGGAAUAUGAUGAAUGGAAUUUUCAAAGGAGUGUUUGUGCAUCGUUAUCGUGAUAUUGUUCCUGAUAUACGUGCUCUCUGCAUGGAGGAACUUGGCAACUGGAUGAGAACUCAUAGCCAGUCCUUCUUGAAUGAUAGUUACUUGAAGUAUGUGGGGUGGACACUUCAUGAUAAGCAAGGACAUGUUAGAUUGCAGUGUGUCCGCAGCCUCCAGAGUUUGUACAGUGUGGAGGAGAUGUCUGGAAGGCUGGAACUUUUCACAGAACGCUUUAAGGAGCGUAUGGUGUCCAUGGUACUGGAUAAAGAGCAACAAGUUGCUGUCGAAGCAAUAAAAUUGCUUGGUCUCAUCUCAGCGAACAUGGACAAUAUGUUAACCAAGGAGGACUGCGAGACUGUUUACCCAUUGGUAUUUGCAUCCAGCCGAGCCGUUUCAUCUGCAGCAGGAGAAUUUCUUUACAAGAGGUUACUGGAUAUUAAAGCUAAAGAGCUCAGUACUAAGGAAAAAAACCGUCGUGGGUGGAACACUGCCUUCUUCAGACUGUUGGUUUCUUUCUUUAUUGAAAGUGAACUUCAUGAUCAUGCUGUUUAUCUGGUGGAUAGUCUGUGGGACAGUGCUCGCACUCAGCUGCAAGAUUGGGAGUGUCAAACUGACCUACUUUUGGAGGAAGAAGGUUUGGAUGACAAGCAAGAGAAUGCACUGAUAGAGAUCUUGGUUUCUGUUAUUAGACAAGCUGCAGAAGGAACCCCUCCUAUUGGACGAGUGCCUGCCAAGAAGGUUAUGUCUGCGAAGGACAGGAAGACUCAGUUAGAGCAUAAAAUCAAACUAACCAGACACAUGAUUGUAGCUCUACCCCAUCUCCUGGCCAAGUUUUCAGCUGAUGCAGAGAAGGUGACCUUGCUUAUGAAGGUUACAGGUUUCCUAGAGCUGGAGGUUUAUUACACCGAGAGGUUGGAGAAGCACCUGGACCUCUUGCUCGGGCAAGUGCAAGACAUCCUGGAGAAGCACACAGAACCUGAUGUGCUUGAGGCAUGUUCUCGGGCACUGUAUGUAUUCUGUGACUCUGCACAAACCGUGUACAAGCAUGCUGACAUUGCACGCAGUCACUUGAUCGACCAGCUCACUGACCACUUCUCGCAACAAAUAACAGAUUUUCUACAGGUGUCUUCUGAUCUUGAUGAAGAUGAAGUUUAUAACAUUGCAGCCACAAUGAAGAGAAUUUCAGCCCUCUACAGCGCUCAUGAUCUCACCCGGUGGGAGCUGUUUGAGCCUUGUAUCCAUACUCUGCGCAGAGGAAUUGACACAGGAGAGGUUCCUGAACAGGUUCUCCUACCUGCUCUCACAUGUUGUCACUUUUCUCUACUAUGGGAUCUCUGGCAUUGCUACAGCUCCAAACCAUCAGCGGAUGCAUUGUCUGCUCUAAAGCAGAGACUUAACAAGUUUUGUGACAUUUGCCAAACAUUUCUGUCUGAUCAUCAUGCUCCUGUAAGAGAGCAGGCAUUUAUCCUCCUUAGUGAUCUGCUUGUUAUAUUUGGUGGCCACAUAGCCAGUGGAGAGAAAUCUCACCUCCAGACUCUAAUAUACCGUCCGGAACUGUCCCUGCAAGCUGAGAUGGCAGGCUUUCUUAUGGAUGACGUAUUCAUUGAGGAUGAGGAUUGCGGGAAUGACGCCCAACAGCUGUUUCUGCUACACAAGAGACGCAACUUGCUCUCUGGAUAUUGUAAACUGAUUAUCUACAGUGCUCUGCAGCUCCGGUCUGCCAGUGAUGUCUUCAGACACUAUGUGAAGUUUUAUACAGAUUUUGGAGAUAUUAUUAAAGAGACCCUGCACAAGUCCCGCAUAAUCAACAAAGGCGAGAGUUCAAGGAUACUGCUGCUGAGCCUCACACAGGCUUACACAGCACUGUGUUCUGAGAAAAACACUCCACCUCGACGCACUUCACACUCAUUCUUGGACAUCCGUGAUCUUGCCAGACGAUUCGCUCUUUUGUUUGGGCCAGACCAGCUGAGAAAUCGGCAGGACAUUGUUCUCAUGCACAAGGAAGGCAUAAAAUUUUCUCUGUGGACUUCACCAGGAUCUGAAUGGUCACCCGAAAACCUGACUUUUUUUGAUGUGCUUAGUGAUUUCUCUCCCAAACUUCUCAAACAGGACAAACGGGCUCUCUUACAGUACCUGGAGCAGAUGUGUCAGCAGUGCCAACCCUUUCAACAUAUUGAUGAUGACGAGCUGAAAGCACCUCUUCUAGCCUACAAAAAGUCUCUUCGCGUAGACGGUGACUCCCUAAGCCGAACCAGGGUCCAUAGGGAAAGGAUAAGGAGCCGGACUCCUGAUACUGAGGUCCCACUUCCUAGCAAGCGGAGCAGGACAAAGAGCAAGGAUGUGGGUGAAGAUUCCAGUGUGAUCACAGAGGAAGCUGGAAGAAGACACCCACCUUUAAUGAGUUCAACUUUGGUAAAGGAAAAGCAGACCCCUUCAAGCCCGGCCAUGGGAAUAGAGGAUGAGAGUGCGGAUUCCGAGGCAGAUUUUGAGCCCAGCCAGUCUACAGUUGGCAGACAUCUUAGAACUCCCAGCUCUUCCCAGAGGAUGUUGAGAAGGACUGCAACCCCGUCAACACUGAGUGGUGGCCUGCACCGCCAGUCUACGGUUGCCAGACACUAUCUUAGCACUCCUAGCUCUUCCCGUAGGAUGCUGACAAGGACUGGAACUCCAUCAACACUUAGCGGCAGCCUGCGCCGGAUGAAUUUAUUGGAAGAGGAGGUCAUUGAGAUAGAUGAUGCAGGAAGUAGCUCGGGGUCACAAGGAGGGGAGGCGGUACUGCUGGACUUGCUGGAUUCUGCUAUACUGGAUAGUGAGGUGAGGGUUUGUACUAAUAGUUGUGCAGAAUGUGGAUGGCAAGAAUAA